AUGGAGUCCUAAAACGUGCAUGAUGCAGCUGAGUUACUCAGAUAAAUGGAGAUUGAAGGCAAGGGAACUGAUAACUUUGUUGACAUUGUUGAUGGAGAAGCUUUUGAUGAAGAUGAAGAAUUUGAAAUCUCUGCUCAAGGAAAGAACAAUGAGGAUGAUGAAUUUGAUCAUAUUGUAGGAGUACUUUAAGAAGUAUUACUAGAUGAGAAUUUCGAGCAACUUUAGAAAAAGUUCUGCCAAGCCAACUGCAUGCAUUUCGAAGCAACUGAGGAAAAUAAACUCAUUUACACUGAUAUAUUCAGAAAUUACCAAGAACAAAUUGAGACUUACAUUUCAAAGAGAUUACAAGAAGCAAUUGAAGGGUUUAAUAUGGAGAAUUUUUUGGAGCAAGUUGAGCAAAGGAAAGAGGAGAUUGAUGAAUAGAUUAUGGACACAUUACUUUCUUUUGUUGAUUUUGAUUCAUUCAAAGAACUCAUGCUCUUCAGCAGAGCUCACUUAGUUGCUACCACUCCAAAACUUAAGUCAAACAAAGCAUAAGCUUUAGGACUUAAGGAUGGCAGACAGUUGUCUCAACAAAAUCAACCAUUAAGCCAAGGACAUCAGGAAGGAUAGAAGUAAAAGCUUUAGGAGUAAGAUCUUAAGCACUUUGAAGAAGUCAUUGAUAAGCUUGCUAUUAGCGGAUACUAGACAGUAUUACAUCAAGAUGAAGACGAAGAUGGUGAGGAAAGACCUGAUCUCAAUUUGUUCAUUAAAAAGAUACAAAUCACAAUCGUACAAAUGGAAAAAUCAGCUAGCAUCCCUAAGAUGAUGAACUCAGUCUUGAUUGUAUCACCUGGUUAAGUAGACUUUGGUCAGGUGCCAGUCUAGACUCCAGGCAAAAACCAAGUUAUUAUUAAAGUUGAAGCAGCUACUCUAAACCCUAGUGAUAUUUUAUUCAUGAGAGGUUUAUAUAAUGUAAAGGUAGAUUAUCCUUACACCCCAGGAUGGGAAGGCUCAGGCACUGUGGUUGCUGCAGGUGAGAGUGAAAGAGCUAAGGCUUUGGUAGGUAGAAAAUGUGCUUUCAUGAAAGCAAAUGAGAUUGUUAUCUAUAAAAUGAGAGGUGCUUAUGCAGAUUAUAUAGUAACAGACGUCUCAAAUACCUUCCCUCUUAGCGAUGACCUAGACUUCGAAGAGACUGCGUCAUUCAUUGUGAACCCUUUGACUGCAGUUUGUAUGGUUGAAAGAAUCAAAUAGCUUAAGUCAAAAUGUGUGGUCAUCACUGCUGCUGCUUCCUAGAUUGGAAGAAUGCUCAUCAAGCUCUGUCAAAAGGAAGGCAUCCAGACUAUUUGCACCAUUAGAAGAGAAGAGCAAGUUUAGAUCCUUAAGGAUCUAGGAGUCUAAGCCAUUGUAAACACUAGUUUACCAGAUUACAAAAAAACUAUGGAAGAUUUAGCAGCUAAAUACAAGCCUACUACUUGUUUGGAAUGUAUAGCUGGUACAUUCACUGGAGAGAUUCUAGAGUAUUUAACCUUUGGAUCAACAUUGAUUCUCUACGGAUUGCUCUCAGAUUAGCCAGCUGGAAACAUUAAGGUUAUUCCAUUUAUUGGAAAGGCUUAAACCAUUGAAUCUUUCCUACUUUCAGUCUUCUUGGUCAAGAAAACUCCAAAAGAAGUUUAAGAAAUCGUCCAAAAGGCUGAGGCUAUGCUUAGAAGCGAAUUAAAAACACAGGUUCAAGCUAGAUAUGGAUUCCAUCAAAUUAAAGAGGCUAUUGCAUUCUACAUGAAAAAUCAAACUGCUGGCAAAAUUCUACUCAAGCCUUCUCUUACAAAAGCUUCUGAGCAGCCAAAACUUUGA